GUCGGAGAUUUUUUAUAUAAAAAAUAGACGAAGAGGGUUAGAUGAACAAUAAAAGUUAUUAAUAUUUGCCUAGGGUUUAAUAUAUUCAUAGAUGAGAGAGGAGUGAUUUGUAAACAAACACACACCCCCUCCAACACCAACGGCCUGAAUUUCGCCGUCCCCUUGGCGGCGCCUCCUCUCCUUGCGAGUUCGCCCACCGCCUGCCUGCGCCGAUCGAUCUCCAUAGGCGCCGUCUUCCUGCGGCUUCCGCCCGGGUGAGCAUCCUGUCCAGUUCUACCUUGGUUAACUAUCAGGAAAGAUGUCAAAUAGGUCAAAGUUCUGGAGAUUAGCAGCGCUAGUCCCUGAAGUGCAGUGUCCUGACCAGCCCAUCUCUCCCCGUCAAAAAUUUAAAUACACGGCCAUUGUACUUUUCAUCUUUGUGACUGCCAGCCAAGUUCUAUUGUAUGGGAUCCAACACCAACCUCGAACCAUUGAGCCUGAUCCAUUACAUUGGCUGCAUCUGAUUCUGGCGUCAAGCCGUAGUACUCUCUUGUCGCACGGGAUCGUCGCUAUUCUAGUACCUGAGGUUCUGGUGAAGAUCUGGGUGUACCUAAAGAUCAUAACUCUCGAUACCAGUGCACCUGAAACUGGUGUUCUUAUGAAUAGAGCACAAAGGUUGCUGGGGAUAUUGGUUGCCAUUCUGGGAGCUGUUAAUUUCUAUGUGCGAAGCCAACAUUUCACUGUCAAUACGGUUCUAAUAAUGCUUCAGAUUCUUUGCUCUGAUAUCAUUGUCAUUUAUCUUGAUGAUGUCCUAAGAAAAGGAUAUGGAUUGUUAUCUGGUAUAUCCUUGUUCACUGCCACCAACAUCUGUGUAAAUAUUCUGUGGAAGGCCUUCAGCCCCAUGUCCGUCAUGUAUCCUGAACAAAGCCCUGAAUUUGAGGGAGCUGUUAUUGCCUGGGUUCAUCUUCUGAUGACUAGAACGGAUAAAUUGUCUGCAAUGUCUAAAGCCUUUUACCGUCAAAACCUCCCGAAUAUUAUCAAUUUUCUAGCCACUUGCUUGUUUGUUCCACUUGCCAUAUUCUUCCAAGGCUUCUAUAUUGUACUGCCUGUCAGGACACGGCGUAAUUUUCAAGCCUACUGCCACAUCAAGCUCUCACAUUUCUUGUAUGGGCCUGUUGUCUUGCACCGUUUACUGCUCCCACUUCCUUAUGUUGCCUCAAAGGUGCUGUACAAGAAAUACAGUGGAAACACACUAGUGAAUUUGCUUGGCAAGUGGGAUGGAUUGAACCAUUUUGGACAGUCUAUCCCUGUUGGAGGGAUAGUGUACUACCUAAGAACGCCCCCUAUCUUGGCUGAUUUGCACAGGGACCCGUUCCAUGCAUUUAUAUAUGUCGCAUUCGUGCUUAUUUCAUGUGUGUUUAUCUCAAUGGGUCUUAUGGUCUGUGCAUCUUCAAAAGGAGUUUUCAACGGGUUUGUUGUGUUAAAUAUGCAGGAGGAACGAAGACUGAGGCUUGCCCAGCCCGACUCAAUACAUGCGAACGAAAUUCGGCGUCAUGUCAUGAGGGCAGCUUGUGUUGGUGGUUUCUGUGCCGGUGUACUAAUAAUUUUCGCAGAUCUCAUUGGGGUGUUUUGUUCUGGGACUGGAAUUAUGCUUGCUGUGACUGCUUCAUAUCCUUAUGUUGAUGGCAGAGCUAGUGAGGUCGGGUCCUUUGGCUUCUGACUGAUCGAGAUAUCUACUCCUAAAUAAAGAUGAGAUACAGAAAGCGGCUACUUGUAACGAGAGUUAAAUCCAUGGAUAUUUAUUUAUUAUGUAGUCUGCAAGAAGCUAAUUUUUUUUUCUUUUUACAAUGUAUAUAUUUGUUAUUUGCUGAAAACCGGUGUUUCAGUGAAACACACUAAUCUGUUUUGGUCGCAA